GAGCGAACUUCCGACGCACAGUUGACUGCAUUAAAUUCCCGACUGAAAAAUGCCCAGAUUUCGUGAGCGUCCAGGCCAAACAAACUGUCAUCCGGAAUCAGAAACAUCUCCUGAUCUGAGCAGCCUGAUAGCGAACAGAUACAUCAUCCAGCAGAGACUGGGGAAGGGAAGCUUCGGCAUUGUGUACCUUGUUAAAGACACAAAGGCUGUGGCGGAGGAGAGACUGUCUUUAGGGUGUAUCCUCUAUGAGAUGUGCUGUUUGGGCCACGCUUUCGAGGCGCAGAACUUCUUGGCGGUGGUGCUGAGGAUUGUAGAGGGACCCACUUCCAUCCCGCCAGAAACAUACUCACAGCAUCUCAACUCCCUAAUGCAGAGUAUGUUAGAAAAGGAUUCUUCUCACAGGAUCUCGGCGGCAGAUGCUCUGAGGAACAGGUUCAUUGAGGAAAGCUUGCAGAGUAUGAAACACAAGUUCUCCAUCCUGUCACUGAGAGACAAGUCGAUUGGGGGAGAGAGAGAUGCAUCGCAGAUCCUGAGAGCGCUGCAGAAGAAGGUGCAUCUGCAGACGCUUCAGGACAGAUCAGAGGUGCAGAAAAUGAGCCCCAGGGAACGAAUGCGGCUCCGGAAGCUCCAGGCAGCGGAUGAGAAGGCAAGAAAGCUGAAGCAAAUUGUGGAAGAAAAAUAUCAAGAAAACCAUCUUCGCAUGCAAGAGUACAAGUCCAAGAAUUUUCAUAAAAUCAGUGUGGAUUUUUUGAAGGUGCAAACAGAAGAGGCAGUUAACCAGACUCAAGUGAUUCAGAGUGAGUCACCGAAGAAAAACUCUGAAAUGACUGGAAGUGUUUCUCAUCUCACUGAUGAGAUGUGCACGGCUGUGUCAAAAGAGCAUGCAAUCCCAGAGGAUCCUCAGGCGGCGGAGGCAUUUUACUUUGUGGAUGAAUUCGAGUCAUGCUCGGAGGAAGAUUCAGAUGGAGAGAAGGACCCAGAGGAUAAUCUCCCUACAGACCCGUCCUGUCAGACAUGUGGACAGGACGGUGACCUGGAGGCCUUGAUCAGACACAUGGAGAACGUUCUGGUUGGAGAUUCAGAUGGAGCUGAAACAGAGGACGAGAAGCCUCAGCUGGGUUUUCUGGGAGUUGGUAGCAUCAAUAUGUCCAUGGCUGAGGGCAGAAUCCAGCGGAUGAGAGAGUCUGUGUGUCGGAGGCUGGGUGAGGAGGUGUUCCUGAAGGUCUACGAUUAUCUGAAGCAGGCCAGACAGAAGCAGGAGAGCGAGGAGAGCAUUAGACAGACUCUGAUGGAGCUGGUGGAGAAACCCAACGACUGCUUUGAAGUAGAUCAACUUCUUUAUUAUGAAGAGCUUCUUCUGGCAGCGCAGGAAAACACUGUAAGAUAAGAAUGAAGCAGACACAAACACUCACACAAUGUGUCAAGAAUCAUACAGAUCUCUAUAUCUAUUUAUUUGAUCUGCCUGAGAUGUGGCUUCAUAUUGUAGAAACUUCACAAAUAGUAACAAAUAUAAUGCAGGUUUGUUCAAAUUGUGAAAAUUGGUUCAUGAGUUGAAACCUGAAGGGCAGAAAUGAUCAAAAAUGUUUAGUUAUAUACAGCAUGUGUGUGUGCGUGUGUGUGAGUGACCUUGGAUCACAAAACCUUAGGUGUACAGUUAAAAUGACAUUGUAUAGGUCAAAAUUGCUGAUAUAUAAUUUAUUUUAACCCUCAGAUUUCAGAUAUUUCAAAUAAUUGUAUUUUGGACAAAUAAUUUCCUGUCCUAACUAAACAUAGAUCAACGGAAAGCUUAUUUAUUAAGCGGUAUGGUGAUUGUAUAUAUCUCGAUUUCGGUUUUGCAGUCUGUCCUCAAAUCAUCAUUUUUAUGAAUUACAUACAGUGCUUCCCACAGGUUUGAAAUAUACUUGCGGUGGUAGCCGGAUUAAAAGACACCAUUUAUCCACAUUACAUAAAUGGUUAACAAUAUGCAACAAACAAAACAUAAUUACAUAUUUUAAUUAUUAUGAAACUGUUAUACACUGUUUCUUUUCAGUGGGUUAUAG